AUGCACCUUUUGUUUUAUGUCAUUCACCAGCAAAAUGAGAUUUAUAAAGUAUGGCUGUUUAGUACAUCCUUUUUUGUAGUUAGAGUCCUUAUUUUAGAAAGUUUGUCAAUUCCCUCGAUUCAAUUCCCUCGUACGCUGGUGAAUGGCAUUAGUUGUAGCCUUGAGCCAAAUGGCAACAAUCGAAUCAUGUUUGGAAAUUUAAUAAGAUCAGACGGAUUAUCCAUCGAUUGGAUAUCCUAUAAGAUGAAACCAAACCCAAUCGCAUCCAACAACUAUAAACCCGUCUUUAUCGACCCUGGAGGAAAUGCUGCUAUCAUUGCUGCAGAGAAGGUGUAUAACAAAACAUAUGGUUUGCUACGGUACAAAAAUCAUGAAUACUACUACAUGACUGGAUUGACAAGAUAUCAAGCAGAUCGACUUUGGCAGAAAAAGCAAAAUGGAAUUGAAACUAUUGAAAAUUAUAUAUCAUCCGACAAAACGGUCUCUCACACAACACUUAUUGAUUACGUACAAAUAAUUCAACUCACUUGGACAUGUUGUAUGCUUCUUAUUGCAGUAAAGCUGCUAAAUACCCGCUUUUUAUAUACCAAGGUCCCAGAGAACACUAGAAAAAAAAAGUUGAUAUUUUGA